GGGAAACAGCUAAUAAGCUGCUUGGGAGUUGUAAAGUCCACAGAGCAGUGUCCAGGUUUUAGUUUACCAAAGUUGGUACUGCUCCCCCCUCUUAGUGGAGGCAGCCUGGGACUGUUGACAUCACUGAGGAGCAGAGAUAAAGGGGUGAUAUACAGCAGCUGGAAAGCGAAAACUUCUGAGAGGCGUGCUGGAGAGAGGCUCUACUGCUCAGUCCAGGGAGCCACUGCUACGCUGACAGGAACCCUUUCUUACAGAGAUCUAGGGAGGAGGAAGAAGAAAAGGGGCCCAUUAAAGAUACCCUCAGAAAAUUGCUGAAAAAUGCCACAGAACGUUGUUCUCCCAGGACCGGCGCCUUGGGGCUUCAGGCUGACAGGAGGGAUAGAUUUUAAGCAGCCGUUAAUCAUAUCCAGGAUCACUCCAGGAAGCAAAGCUUCACAAGCCAAUUUGUGCCCUGGUGACAUCAUCAUAGCUAUCGAUGGCUAUGGUACAGAGAACAUGACUCACAAUGAUGCACAAGAGAGAAUUAAAGCAGCGUCACACCAGCUCUGUCUGAAAAUUGAGAGGGCAGAAACAAGAAUGUGGUCUCCGCAAAUCACAGAAGAUGGUAGUCCACAUCCAUUCAAAGUAAACUUGGAAGCUGAACCACAGGACUUGGGCUACUUUGAACACAAGCAUAACAUUCGGCCCAAACCUUUCAUAGUCUCAGGCCCGAGCAGUGUUUGCAGUACUCCUUCCGGUAUUGACGGCGGCAGCGGACGUAGCACACCCUCUUCAGUUAGCACUGUUAGCACUAUCUGUCCUACUGAAUUGAAAGCUGCAGCUAAGAUGGCCCCCAACAUUCCUUUAGAAAUGGAACUGCCUGGUGUCAAGAUUGUACAUGCUCAGUUUAACACACCUAUGCAAUUGUAUUCAGAUGACAAUAUUAUGGAAACACUGCAGGGGCAGGUUUCUACAGCACUGGGGGAAGCCACCCCGAUAAGUGACCCAGUACCAGCUGGAGUGCCCCAGUCUGAUGUGUAUAGGCUGCUACAUGAUGAUCAGGAAGGACCAAGUAAGCCACGUCAGUCCGGUUCCUUUAAGAUUCUCCAAGACAUGGUCUCUGACGAAUCUGAUGGUCGUGCCCCUGCUAUAAGGAGUGUGAAAGCACCAGUAACGAAGGUACCUGCUGCUGGGGGAAGUGUGCCAAAGGUGCCCUUGUGUGACAAGUGUGGAAAUGGAAUUGUUGGCACAGUGGUGAAGGCACGUGAUAAGUACAGGCAUCCUGAAUGUUUCGUGUGCUCUGACUGUAACCUCAACCUGAAGCAGAAAGGCUACUUCUUUGUGGAGGGGCAAUUAUACUGUGAAGCUCAUGCACGAGCUCGUAUGAGGCCCCCAGAGGGAUAUGAAGCCGUCACUGUUUAUCCCAAGGCUUAGCUGUCCAGAGAGACACAAAUACCUGCAUGCACACAUAAGGCACUAUCCGCUUACAGCAGCAAUACAACUGACUGACUGACUGAAUCCAGCAUUCUGCUUUUUAAAACAGGGAGGGAGACAGGAUGGAGAA